AUGGGCGGUACUAUACAAGAGGAGACUGCAAUUCUCUUCCAGGAUAAAAAUAUAUACCUCCUAGACAUCCCGCAUUCAAUUGCGCUCGCGCAAGAACGGAGGUCAAUCUCACAACAACCAGCACCAGAAUCAAGUUCAGGAACAGAAAAGAGCACACAUAGAAAGAUACGGAACCUACUUUCAUGCUCACCUAUAAAAGAGCCUUUUCCCUCUACCGAGCCCAAAAAGCCAGCUGCUCUCGCCAAGGUCCUCGACACCAUUCCUAUCUCCGAGAGGCGGUUCCACUCGGAACUGAUACUGCCACUCGUGAGGGAUUCUCUCGAGACUAUCAAGGCUGGAUAUCCCCUUGAUCGCCCAUGGUGCGAGUCUCGAGCUGUGCCUAGUGUACCUCGUGGUAGCACAGAGCCAAAUCAGCAUCCACGGAAGCGUCGGAGGGGAAGCGAUUAUAGGCGUUUAGAGUCUGCGCCAGAUGAUCAUGAUUCGACUAAGAAUGAACCACCAAUAAUUCUAUCAACUACCUCGCCGAAUGAUUUCGAGGCUUUAUCAGAACUCGCCAUUGUCAAGAAUCCAUCAUCAGAGCCCGCAAUCAUCAGGGUUGGAAGCUGGCACCGCGAUGAAACGAAUUCUCCAUGUGAAUAUAUGGUCCCACCUGAGUCGAGCUUUGUGCUAUGUACUCUGCCUCUAUUUCAAGCCGAAGCCGACCGUCCAUCUACACCCAAUAACUAUCCCAUCCCCGGGAUUCCCCAUCACCAGAAAUUUAAUCUCAUCCUCAUGGACCCGCCCUGGCCAAACAAAUCCGUGCGGCGCAGCAGACACUACCAAACACAUCACUAUUCCGAGAUGGAUGUGCUUACCGAAGGCUUACGAGAUAUACUCCGUGUACAUUCGCACAACCCCAAAGCAAAGCAGGGGCCACGUCCAUCCGAAACCCAUACCGGACUCGCGAUCCAGAGCGAAGAGUCUAUAGCUGCUAUAUGGAUUACGAAUGCCGAAAAGGCCCGGCGAGCAGCAUACGAGGCCUUGAGCGACGCAGGGUUUGCCACCUGCGAGGAAUGGAUCUGGGUCAAGACCACGUGGGACGGACAACCGAUCUCAGCACUGGAUGGUCUUUGGCGGAAACCGUAUGAGAUCCUUGUUAUUGGCCGCAAGAGUGGCCUUAAUGUCGACGUCAACGCUACCGCCGACAAUGCCUCAUCCCUGCCUCAAAUGGAUGACCUGACGCGCAUGAGUGAGGCCAUUACCACGAGACGUGUCAUCGCUGCGGUUCCGGACUUGCAUUCUCGUAAACCGAACCUGAAAUCCAUUCUUGAGAAUGUGUUUUUCACGGAGGCUGGUCAUCUCCAGGAGUAUUCUGCCCUCGAGGUGUUUGCGCGCAACUUGACGGCUGGCUGGUGGGCUGCUGGUAAUGAGGUCCUCCGGUUCAAUGCCCGUGAGUGCUGGGUCGAUCUUGGGAGUGAGAGGGAUACAGACAUGGUUGAAUGUGCAUGA